AUGGAUGCCUAUAGCGCAGAUGGAGUUAUGUCAGGGAUACAAGGAACUAAUGGCUGUGGAGAUGCUCAGUUUCCAGGCUUAUGGUCAUCGCCUGAAGGAAGGCAAAACAUUGACAUAGGCAAACAGAUUUUCUGUAACAGUGCUGUGAAUAUGAAAAAUAUAGUUGCUGUUGGCUUUGAUAUGGACUAUACCUUGGCACAGUACAAGGCUGACACUUUUGAGUCCCUUGCAUAUGAUGGUACAGUUGAAAAGCUAGUAAGCAACUUGGGAUACCCUGCAGAGUUACUGAAAUGGUCUUUUGAUUGGACAUACAUGGUCAGAGGACUGGUUCUUGAUAAAAAGAGAGGAAAUAUACUGAAGAUGGACAGGCACAAAUAUGUGAAAGUAGGCUAUCAUGGAUUUAGGCUGAUAUCAAAGAAUGAAAAGGUUGCUACAUAUGGGAAUAGCUUUGUCCGAGAUGCAUUUGAUGGGCCUGACUAUGCACAUAUUGAUACCCUGUUCUCUCUAGCUGAAGCUUAUUUAUUUGCUCAGCUGGUUGACUUCAAGGAUAAUAACCCAGGGAAAAUACCAGAAGAAAAAGACUACUCUCGUCUGUAUAACGAUGUCCGUUCUGCUGUUGAUAUGUGCCAUCGUGAUGGAACUUUGAAGACAUUGGUUGCAAAAGAUAUAAAAAAGUAUAUCAAUGAGGACAACUCGAUAGUCCCAAUGCUCAAAAUGCUUAAAACUUCUGGUCGCGCUGUAUUCUUGGUGACAAACAGCCUCUGGGAUUACACAAAUGUUGUUAUGAAUUUUGUUUGUGGGACUCAGACGAAGAACGGUGAAUCCUCUCCAAGUCUUGAUUGGCUCCAGCAUUUUGACUUUGUCAUCACUGGCAGUGCGAAACCAGGGUUUUUCCAUGAUUUAAACCGUGCUAAUCUUUUCGCUGUUGAGACGGAGUCAGGGAAGCUAAUCAAUACUGAUAAUGGCACUCCACUUGCUCAGGUGGGGUGCCCUGAUCUAGAUCUGCCAGAUCACAUCCCGAAGCAAUGCAAGGUUUUUCAGGGAGGCAAUGUGGGACAUCUCCAUAAACUACUCAAUGUUGGCUCAAGCUCACAGGUUCUUUAUGUUGGAGAUCAUAUAUAUGGGGAUAUCUUACGCAGCAAAAAAGUUCUUGGCUGGAGGACAAUGCUUGUUGUUCCAGAACUUGAAAAGGAGGUUAAAGUUCUGGCAUCCUCACGUGACACUCGAAAGAAACUGCAACUGCUUAGGAGUGAGAGAGAUCAGAUUGAAGAUCAGACUCAUCAUUUGAAGUGGUCCCUCGAGCAUGAGAAUCUGGAUGUUGGUGAAAAGGAAAAGAUCAGUGCAAAGCUUGAGGUGCUUGAGGGGCAGCGGGCACGUGUCAGGGCAGCUCAUCAAGAGUCUCAAAGGAUCUUCCACCAGAAGUUUCAUCCGGUGUGGGGCCAGCUGAUGAAAACAGGGUACCAAAACUCCCGCUUUGCACACCAGGUGGAGCGUUUUGCAUGUCUGUACACAAGUCAGGUGGGAAAUCUGGGGCUGUACUCCCCUGCAAAAUACUAUAGGCCUAGUGAGGACUUUAUGCCUCAUGAGUCCGACAUUCUCUGAUGCUUUUCAGUUUCAUGUUUGAUGAAUAAGUAAAGUCUGUUUGUAGGGAUGUUUAUGUUUAUGAUGUUAAGUAAGUAUGGUUGUUGUUGCAACCGAGACGAUGGAUGAUAUGAUAUGUUGUUGUGUUGUGUCUUUUUGGAGGUUUUACGUACUCUUAUGUUAUGUUGUGAAAUAAUGAUACUCGCAGACUUUCUCA